GGAAGCAGUCGGUGUCCCGUUAGCGCGCUGCCGCCGGAGCAUCACAACACUGUCCUGCUUUGUCCCCGGGACGGAACCUAGGGACGCAACGUGUCCUCCUCGUCUCAUGAAGCGUGUCUGAAACCAGGCAAUGUCCACCAUGGUGUACCCACGAGAAGAAGCCCUGGAGCGCCUGAGCCAGGAUGAGAUCGUCCUGAACACCAAGGCCGUGAUGCAGGGCCUGGAGACCCUGCGGGGGGAGCACGCCCAGCUCCUCAACUCGCUGCUGGACUGCACCACCCCCCCCGUGGCCCAGGAGAAGUCCGGCCUGCUCCGCAAGAGUCUGGAGGCCAUCGAGCUCGGCCUGGGAGAAGCUCAGGUGAUCGUGGCCCUGUCCAGCCACCUGAGCGCCGUGGAGUCGGAGAAGCAGAAGCUGCGCGCCCAGGUGCGCCGGCUCUGCCAGGAGAACCAGUGGCUGAGGGACGAGCUGGCCGGGACGCAGCACAAGCUGCAGCGCAGCGAGCAGAGCGUGGCCCAGCUGGAGGAGGAGAAGAAGCACCUGGAGUUCAUGAACCAGAUCAAGAAGUUCGACGAUGACGUGUCGCCGUCCGAGGAGAAGAGCCAGGGCUCGGGUGGAGGGGGGGGGAGCGGAGGAGGGGACACUUCCAAGGACAGUUUGGACGACUUGUUCCCCAACGACGAUGACCAAGGACCAGCUCAGCCCAGUGGGGAGGUGGCCGCCCAGCAGGGGGGCUACGAGAUCCCAGCCCGCCUCAGGACCCUCCACAACCUGGUGAUCCAGUACGCGUCCCAGGGCCGGUACGAGGUGGCCGUGCCGCUGUGCAAGCAGGCCCUGGAGGACCUGGAGAAGACGUCUGGACGGGACCACCCCGACGUGGCCACCAUGCUGAACAUCCUGGCCCUGGUGUACAGAGACCAGAACAAGUACAAGGAGGCGGCUCACCUCCUGAACGACGCCCUGGCCAUCAGGGAGAAGACGCUGGGGAAGGAUCACCCCGCUGUGGCCGCCACGCUCAACAACCUGGCGGUGCUCUACGGGAAGAGGGGCAAGUACAAGGAGGCGGAGCCGCUCUGCAAGAGGGCCCUGGAGAUCCGAGAGAAGGUUCUGGGGAAGUACCACCCGGACGUGGCCAAGCAGCUGAACAACCUGGCGCUGCUGUGUCAGAACCAGAGCAAGUACGACGAGGUGGAGUACUACUACCGACGGGCCCUGGAGAUCUACGAGUCCAAGCUGGGAGCCGACGACCCCAACGUGGCCAAGACCAAGAACAACCUGGCCACGUGCUACCUGAAGCAGGGGAAGUUCAAAGAGGCCGAGGCUCUGUACAAGGAGAUCCUGACCCGGGCUCACGAGAAGGAGUUUGGAUCCGUCAACAAUGACAACAAGCCCAUCUGGAUGCACGCAGAGGAGAGAGAGGAGAGCAAGGGGAAACGCAAGGACUCAGGCCCGUAUGUGGAGUACGGGAGCUGGUACAAGGCCUGCAAGGUGGACAGCCCCACGGUGAACACCACCCUGAAGAGCCUGGGAGCUCUGUACCGCCGCCAGGGGAAGCUGGAAGCAGCAGAGACUCUGGAGGAGGUCGCCAGCAAGUCCCGGAAACAGGGCAUCGACGCCAUUAACCAGAGCAAAGUGGUGGAGCUGCUGAAGGACGGAGGAACCGGGGACCGGCGACUCAGCAGGGAGGGGGUCAGCGGCCCCGGGGGCCGGGGGGGGGAGAGCGAGGGCGAUGACUCCGCCGAGUGGAACGGGGACGGGAACGGCUCUCUGCGCCGCAGCGGCUCCUUCGGGAAGAUCCGCGACGCCCUGAGGAGGAGCAGCGAGAUGCUGGUGAAGAAGCUGCAGGGCAGCGGCCCCCAGGAGCCUCGGAACCCAGGGAUGAAGAGAGCGAGUUCCCUCAACUUCCUCAACAAGAGCACAGAGGAGACCACACAGGACUGCUUUCAGGACGCCUCCUCCGGACUGUCGGACUGCAGGGGGCUCAGCGCCAGCAACGUGGACCUGUCCAGACGCAGCUCCCUGAUUGGCUAGGACAGCGGCGGGGGGCGGGACGCAGCAGAGCGCCCGGCAGGAGAGGCUGCCUGCAGCUCGGUUCGAUCAAAUCAAACGCACCUAGAGCUUCCAGCCCCUGAAGCAUGAAGUUAGGGAACAUCACGGAGACACAACUCUGCUGCGUCACUGUACAAACAUCAGAGAAUAUUUAGAUACACAUUUAUGAGCAUGCUGCUUAGAUCGCUGCACCUGAACGCCGCGUGUUCUCAGACCGCCGUAGCAAAACAUCGUGUCCACAGCGUCACGAGUUUGAUUCCUCAUCGACUCGCGUGCAGACAAUUAGCCGUAGCUAGGCUAACAGCUAACCCAGUUUCAGUUCAUAUCUGUAUAUUUCACUAGUAGCAUGAAAUAUUCACUGAGGCUGAACAUCGAGUACAGCCGGUGGAAAAGGUUAGAUUAGAUUUGACCUGUACGAAGAGAAAAGAAUGUUCAUUAGAAACAGAGCUCAUCUUUAAACCUCACUUUCUGCCUUGGUUUUUUUUAUGUAUAUACAGUUUUAAAUUAUUUGAUAUUUCGUUCUUUGUAUAUAGUGCAUCUUUCCUUUUGUUUACACUUUAUUGAGUUAGAGUUUAGAAAAACACUGAUGUGAUGAGGGAAGAGGAGGAGUCAGAGAAGGAGGAGUCAUAGAAGGAGGAGUCAGAGAAGGAGGAGUAAAAUGAUGGUUAAUGAAAUGAAAAGGUUCCAAACUGAUAAAUGUGUUACCUCGCUCCCUGGAGUCCCUGACUCUCAGAUAAGCUUCUGCUCCAUGGAGGUCUCAGCUGAUGAAGCACUCUGAGCCUCUUACUGUAAACUGAGCAGCCAUCUUGAAACCUCCAGAGCAAACUGGUCCUUUCCACUGGAUCCUCGAGGAGACGGGUCCCGAGCACAUUCAUGCAAUUAGGAAAAUGACAGAACUCCAAAUCCUUGAGCUGGGAACCAUCUCUGUCCAAAGCUGACAAACCAAUAGACUCCAUGUUUAUGACUUAAAGCUCGGGUUGGUGAUCCUGGAAAAACCUUCUUUAAACACGAUGACCAAAAGAAACAUCCAGAAUGAUUUGACUGUGGUUUGCUCACAUUUCCAUAAGAAGCAGAUCUUUGUUUUCCCAAGUGAGCGAAUCAGCUUCAGGCAGAGCUGCUUCUUCUCAAGUUAACUCAAAGUUCAUCUGGACGUGAUUUCAAAGACCAGUCAUUUUUAAGCUCCUCUAAAAACUACCUAUCAUGUACAGGAUGAAUCAAACACACUGAUGAACAAGGAGGUGAAUGACAGUUUGUUUACAAUCAUCGGGACAUGAAUCAAGAUGUUUACUUUCUUUUUUCAUGAGUUUCUUUAUGUUUUCCCCCUUUGUUUAUUGUUGUUGUAUAAUUUUCAUUUUGUACAAAACGAUCCUCGGUGUUUCCCGGGACGUAGACGGGUUAUCGAGAAUCGAACGCUGGAGACUUCCUGCGCUUUUACUUUGAAGGUCCUGAGAACUGAUCAUUUGAAUGUUAAACUUAAUGUGGGACAAAGAAGUGUCCAGGGAAUGUACACGUCCUCUUAUCAGUGAAGUGGAGACUCAGCUGUGAUCUGCUCGUCUUCUAACUUCUAACAUCCUCAAACAGGGAUGUUAACACAAAGUGAACAUCUCCAAAGAGGAGCCGGUGGUUUGAUGCCGGUGUUCAGUCCACGUCGGUGCGUCCACACCUUCGCCGCGCGCCGCAACAAACCACAACGCUCUGUGAAAUCACAUGUCUGAUGACAUCACAUAGCUGAGUCUCAUAAAAGUGCACAUUGUCGUCUCAGCCUGUGAUUGUGUAGAUUGUGUGAUGAGGAGCAGUUGUGUUACAGCAGGAGCAGAGGAACAGAGCUUCAAGUGUCGUUGGCAGCAAAUAAUGUACAGAACUGUGUAUGUGUGUUACUUUUAUAUGUUUGUUCACUGUGCGUCACAUUCACACACGUUAGAGUUGUGGGAAUAAACUUUAAUCACACACACAAACACACAAUCUCUACACUGUGUAAUUGUGUAUUAGAAAAAGUUGGAACGCUAAUUUGUAGUUGAAGAUGUCUAAUAAUAAUAAAUCAAACUAAUAAUAUGAAAUCCUUCUUGGUAUUAAUCUGUCACUUGUAAAUGUCUAAAUAUUGAUCUUCAAUCUGUCGCAGGAGGAUUAUUAAUCUAAAGCUUCAGAUCCAAAAUCUGA